CAGCACAUACAGCUUCCUUUGACUACAAUAACUUACACAUAGUCAAAGCUUUCCAUUCCAGAGACGAAAAUCGCGCCAUCUUCUGGAAAGUUGUGGCUGAUCAUCCAGCAAUUUUUGCCAAUAAAUUCGCCGUCGCAUUUGAUGGCGCACAUCAGCUCUACACACCUUAUCGUCUUGAGUUCCCCGAGAAACGAAGUUCUAUGCGUUUGGAAGCUGAUGUUCCAUUGGCAAAAGAUUCUCGAGAACGCACUCCAUGUGCUGUAUCAUUCCAGUGCGUCGGACCAGUUUUGAUUGAGAUGCGCCGUACCCGAACUAAUAACUUGGACGAAAGGGUCUUGACUCCCAUCCAGAUCUUAGAUAUCGUCUGUCGACAAAGCUUGACUUGCCCAUUUAUCGACAAUGCGGCCAAUUUCUACUCAUGGAAGUCUUCAUGCUACCGUAUUCCUAUCAACGGUGCUUUGGCCCUCGACUUGGAAGGUGGUAAAGAAAUGUGGACGGGGUUCUUCUCAUCAGCUCAUGUCGCUAGCGGUUGGAAGCCAUUGCUGAACAUCGAUGUUGCCCACACAGCCUUCUACAAAGCAAAGAUCUCCAUGGUACAAUUUAUGUGCGAUGUGUUGAACGAACGAGCUGGCGCCUACCGUAACCAGUCCUCUAGCUCUCGUAACAAUUACGGUAACCCUAGCCAGCCGGGAAGAACCUACAGCGCGACUCGCGGCGGUGUCGCGGCAAGUGCUGGCCGUGGUGGCUACCAUACUUAUCCGACUCGACCCCAACACACCGCUCCUCAGAAGCAUGAAGAGUCUUCUGGGAUGUUAUCGCCAAGCACCCUCUAUAAGGAAUUCUCACUCUCUAACCAUGAGAUGAAGAUUUUGGCUGAAGCUGUGAAAGGGAUCAAGAUUCGCAUAUCGCAUAGGAAAGGAGCAGUACGGGUAUAUCGCGUAAACAGUCUGCAGAUGCCAGCUGAUCAGCUAACGUUCAAAGGUGUAACCGAGGAUGGGCGCGAGACGAUUAAAUCAGUGGCUCAGUACUUUGCAGAAAAAUACGCUGAGUCUUAUAGGUUCAAAGGUGUAACCGAAGAUGGGCGCGAGACAAUCAAGUCUGUGGCUCAAUACUUCGCAGAAAAAUAUGCCUUUUCGCUACAGGAACUACGCUUCCCAAAACUUCCAUGUCUUCAUGUUGGUCCGCCUACCAGGAAUAUCUUCUUCCCACUUGAAGUCUGUGAGAUGGACACGCCUCAGAAAUACAACAAAAAGCUCAGCGAAAAGCAAACGAGCUCCAUCAUCAGAGCAGCAGCAGUUGAUGCUUCACAACGAGAAGAGCGCAUUGCUCAACUCUGUCAACAAGCAGGCUUUGACCGAGAUCCAUUCCUCAAAGAAUUUGGGCUUUCUGUUUCACCCAGAAUGUUCGAAACCAUGGCCAGAGUCAUUCAACCACCACAAAUCAUGUUUGGGGAUAAUUCGAAG